AUGGAGUCAAGGGUCGACAGGGUUGGGGAAGGGGGGGGGGCCUUGCCUCAGCUCUUUUCGCACGGCAAGCAGGAGCGAGGAUGGUUGGCAUGGGGGAGUGUGCUCCCCUGCCCCUACAGCCUACCGGCUCCGAAGCACACGCUUGCAUGCCAUGCUCCCAAACCAAGGGUAGCCUGCAGGACCCAGCAUGCAUGCUAUUCUGCACUGUAG